GCUGGGUAUCGAACUCAUAACAUCCAGAUAGCGGGCGGGCAGGGAAGUUGUCAGUAAGAUAAAUUUUGUUUGCAUCGGUAUCAAGUCUUGUUUCUUGUGUGUCUCGUUUCUCUAGAUCUACAGGUAUAUUGUCCUUUACUUCACGCAUAUUAGUACAUAUUAAUUUUUCAAUUUGAUUUCAUAUCGGCACAUGCAAUUAUUCACAAAAUUCUUUUGAUUUCAUACUAAGACUAGAUGAGUAUAAAGUUUUUAUUUUAUCUUAUUCCGAUCGGCCAUUUCGAUUUCCGAAUUAAUUCGAUUGCAAAUAAAUGAUCGACUGAUUAAUUGAUUCCCAAUGUUGUGGAGAGGAAUCCUAAUUCUAUCAACAAUUGAUAUAAUAACAACAACAACAAUUUUACCGAAGUCACGAUCUGCAGUCUAUCGCGAUGAUUACCGAAAUUACAAAAGUCCUAAACGACAGCUAAAAGAAUCUAGACUGGAAUGGCUUUAUCCACCUUCUAAUAACAUGGCAACGCUACACAGUCAAGCAGAAAAUAAAGACUUAAUAUGUGGAAAUGAUGCUAAGAUUUACAAGAAUUAUCGAGAGUUCAUGACGGCGAAAUUGAAACAGACAGAUCUGCAAAUGGUGCAUUCGGGAUCCUGUCCUAGGGCUUCCAAACAGCGCACGCACAUAGCAAAUAAGCAAAAGUUUAUAGAUUUUCCACUUCACAGGAAUAUGGAGGUUACGUCGGUUUGCGGGAACGAUAUUAAGACUUACAAUACUUAUCAACAACUAGAAAUAAUGCGAUUGGUUCAGCCUAAUUUGAAAUUUCUGCAUCCGGGACCAUGUUUUUUAGAAUCUGAAGGUUUCAAGGCGCGGUCCGCAAGGCGUAAUACUGUUUUAAUGAACUUAAAUCCGCGAAAGAGGGCUGUAGAUAAGAGUGACCCUAAACCACAGAAUUCAUUAUCACGCGAAGAUAACCAUAGUUUGCAGUUGUUUAAAGAUGCCCCUGAAGGUGAGACCGUCGGCGAGGCUCCCGACGAUGGUACCUCUGGAACACAGACCACCGGUGGGGAUGCCAACAGCCUCGAGGUUGCCGAGGAGAGUUCCCUUGAAACACAGGCCAAAGAUAAGGCUCCUGACAGUUCUGAGACUACCGGGGUCGAUUCCCCUGAAGGACAGGGUCAGGAGUUCAGUAGUCCUGCGGCUUUGAGAGAUUCGCCUGGAGCACAGGGCACGAAUGCAGUUCCCAGCAGACCCGAGGGUCCCAGGGCUAGUUCCUCUGAAAGACAGGACAACGGUGUCUCCUCCAGUAGACCUGGAGCUUUCGAGGAUAGUUUGCCUGAAAGACAGGCUACUGGUACUGUCCCCGACAAAUUUGAGACUCCCGGAGGUGGGUCUCCUGUAAGACAAGCCACCGAUGGGACUCCAAGCGAACCCGGAAGUGGCUUUUCUGAAAGUUUGGGCAACGGUAGGGCCCCUAGCAUAUCUGAAGCACGCGGUAGGGGCUCUCAUGGAAGGCAGGGUAACGUUAGGGCACCUAGCAGACUUGAAGCUCACGAUAGCAGCUUCCCUGGAAGGCAGGGUAGUAUCUUAAGCAGGCCUCAAGCUCCUGGUAGUGACUUCCCUGAAAGGCAAGCCAACGGGGUUGGUUACUCUGGCAGGCCAGCCUCCGGUAACAAUCCUGGCAGAUCUGGAGCUCCACGAGGCGAUUCGGGAUUGCCGGGUGCUCCGGGUGGGGUUAAUUUGCUCAGAAAGCCCAAAACAUCAACUGGCUCUAAUCCCCUUUGGUGGUGGUUACUUGAUGCUGGGAAAAACCCAGAAGGUAACGGUGUAGGAGGACGGGAAGCAGGUACCGGUAGCUCUUAUGGCAGUGGUAGGCCGGGCCGUCCUCAAGUUUCUGGUGGAAGUGGAAAUAUACUUAUAAGACCAAGUGGGGGUUGGCCAGGACAUGGUGGUCCUCCAGGUGCUCCAGAUGGAGGCUGGGGAAAUGGAGCUGGUUUACCUAGUCGUUCUUAUAGCGGAGGUAAUAUACCAGGUCGUCCUGGUGCUCCAGGUGGUGUAUGGAGAGAAUCUUCACCGGGAGCUUUUGGUAGUUCAGGUGAAGUAUGGGGAAGAGAGGAUGCAAAUGGUGUACAAGAAUCCCCGGGCGCUCUAGGUGGAGGCUGGGGAGGUGAAGGUUUACCGACCCUUCUUGGUUCAGAUAGUAAAUCUGGCCAGCCCGGUAGUACGUACACUGGCUGGGGUGGACGAGGAAAGAUACCCAUAGCUUCUGGUACAGAAUCGGGUAGUGGAGGAAGCUUGCCUGGUUCACAGGGUUCUCGUGGAGUAGGUUGGGGAGGUAACCAUGAUCCUCAAAGAAUCCCAGAAGGUAACACAAUUGAAGUAUGGGACGGAGGUAGAGGCAUGCCAUAUGGCAGUGGUAGCUUACCGGGUCGUCCUAAUCAUUCUGCAAGAGAAGAUGGUUCUAAAACUGAAUGGAGAGAAAGUAGAUUAUGGGCAGACGGUAUUGGUGGCUCACAGGGAGCUCCCAACCCUAGUGGUCGUCCGAUUGGAAAAAACGGUUUGUCGGAUUCUUAUAGUGCUCCUGGUGAAGGAGGUCAAGGUCGACCGGUUCCUUCACCUCCUUCCGAUAUAUGGAAAGGAAAGGGACUGAAAAAGAGAAAAAUUAUAGGCAGAAGCAGUUUUACAAAAAAAUUAGGCAACUUUAAAGAAGUCGCGGGUGAUAUAUACGGUUUUUUCAAAGAUGCAAUGGGAAUUAUCGGCUACUUAUCUGAAGACUAAAAAGAAAACGCUUGUCCUAACGCUAUCUAGCGUUUGGACAAGCGUUUUCAAGCGACCACGGAGGUGUUUCUUCUUCUUUUCCACUGUGUUAAUUGCUGACAUAACAUUGGUGUCAGAUUUUAUUCCCAUAUUCAAAGCUAGUUAUACUACGCUCCGUUUUCUAAUAGGGAAUCUUGUCGCGAUGUUAUGACGCUAGAGUGCAGCACUGUCAUAAUUUAAACAGAGUAUUUUGAUAUUAACUAUGACUAUGGUUCACAGUUUGAUUAGUGUACUAAUUAGUGCGAGUUCAAGUACGAGUAUUUCUACUCAACACGUAACACUUCCACUUAACACUUGAUAAGUAUGAAUCGAAAUGCGAAUCGGGCUUCAUGUAAAGUGUCCCUUGACAUCGACUUGUGCGCUGUCAUUCGCUGGUGCGCUAUUUUACCGUGUCAAUCUCAACGUUUCAACCUUGACGUUGGCAAAAUCAUCGUUUUGGUGAACGAUGGAGCCAUGAAAUUAAAAAAAAAAACCUUGACGUUGGCAAAUACAUCUAGCAUACCUCAAAAGUAUUUAGAAGAAUACUAUAUUUAUAUAAUUUUUGUGUUUUAUUUACAUUGUGUUUUAGACGCCUUUGCUAGGGCCGAAUCUUAAUGUUAACAAGACAUUAAAUGUAAUUAAAUUUAUAUUAAGAUCUAUUGUCUCCAAUAAUAAAUAUAUGAUGUGUUUUUAACUUUUAUAUUAGGAAUUAUACUUAUAUAUAUAUAUAGUUCUUGAUUCCCUAACAAACGCACGAGAAAACAUAUCUAUGAAUCCGAAAAAUGAAUUAUUAAAAAAAAAAUAAUCGCAAGAAAAUUAGAGAGGUUUCAAUACUAGAAAUAGUGUUAUCACGUUCUUUUUCGAAUAGAUAUAUUGCCUCAAAUUAUUUAUGUCCAAUGUUUAUUAAUUUGUUAAUAUAAUAUUACGUCUUUAUCCCUUUCCGUUGCGGGCAGUGCCUGUGGCAGUGACAUUUGUAGUACUCGAUGUCUACGAGUGGACUUAUUAAUUUAAGGCAAGAACUAUAAUAAGAAGAAGAAAUUCAGGACUUGGACAGGAAUCUAAGCCGUGACAUAGCCUAUCAGUGUUUAAGAGCACUAUCCAGGUUAGGCACGUUAGUUGGUACGACCUGCGCUCGAUUUUUUAAUGUUUCCGUCUCAUUCUUUAAAUUUAGUUUUAACACCAUAUUUUUGUAUUAUUUAUACAAUUAUGUGGAUCAAAAGGGUCAAAAAUCAUUUUUAUAAUCUGUCGGUCUGAGUUUGUUAGUUUUUUGUAUUUGUCUGUUAUUCAAAGGUUCAUGAACAAAAGCAUCUUUUAGGUGUUAAGUCAUCGACACGCUAAUUAAUGGACAAAGAUUAACUUUCUGAUAGAUGACAUGUUCGUAAUUAAAAGUGCAAUUAUUGUCGUAAUUGAUUGGUUUCAUGCUGAAACUAAAAUAUUAUUCAAAGUUUUCAUUAAGCAUUUUCAAUGGGACAUCUUGAUUUCCGAUGUUGCGGAGAGGUAUUAUCAUUUUGGCAACAAUUGAAAUAAUAACGACAAUUAAUCAAUCAAGAUUUCCAACAAUCGAAGAAUGCUAUAACGAUGGCCGAACUUUCGUAAACACUAAACGUCAACAGAACGUGGCUAGAUCGCAACGCACCCAGCUGAAGUGGCUACAUCCAACUUCUAACAAAACGCUGCAUAAACGUGUAGAAAAGAGUGACUUGAUAUGUGGCAAUGAUGCAAAGACAUACAAGAAUUAUCGAGAGUUCAUGAGGGCGAGAUUGAAACAGUCAGAUCUGCAAAUGGUAUAUUCGGGACCGUGUCCCAAGGCUUUCAAACGGCGCAUGCACAUGGCACACAAGCAAAAAUUUAUAGAUUUCUCAUUCCUCAGGAAUAAGGAGGAUACGUCUGUUUGCGGGAGCGAUGUUAACACUUACAAUAAUUAUCACGAAUUAGAAUUAACACGAGUGGUUCAGCCCAAUUUGAAAGUUUUGCAUCCAGGUCAGUGCGUUUUAGAAACGGGAGUUUUCAAUUUGCGUCCAGGAAGGGACUUAGUGCUGAGAUCGAGGAGAACAAUGAAGCCUGAUAAUGUGAGAGCGUCACUCCGGAAGUAUUUAGACGGCACCAUUCCAGCAGCACCCGGCAGCGGCACCGGUUGGGGUUUGUUUAAUGAUUUACAACAGAUAAUAAUAACUCCGAAGCCGGAAGAAAUAACUAAUAAACAUGGGCGUGGUCUCGGAAGUGGACUAACCCUCGGCGUCGGAAGUAAAUAUAAAAAAUAUCGUCCGCAUGUUCCUCAAAUACCUGGAUACGGCGUUCCCGGUCAAGAAGAAUCGUAUCUCAAAACUUACCAAACACUUUUGCGUUUAAGUCAUUUUAUGAGUUCUGACAUCGACCUACAUUUUCGCACGGAAAAGGGUGGUGAUUCUGCGUUACCAUCGGAACUAAAUGUGAAGCCUUUAGACAAAAUAGGACCACGUUUAAACGACAGUGUUACCGCAACUCCUCUGCUGCAAUCUACUUUUAAUGAUAAAGGAUACAAGUUGAUUUCGGUAAGGCGGGCCGACGCUGCUAACACAAUGGAGAGACCAAAUCUGGAUGAAAAGAAUAAUGAAGCGUUGCCUCGGAGUCAUUUGGUACGGGUUUUAUACCCCUACAAUUAUGUGUACCCUAGCGAUCAAAACGUUGGAGUUGCAGCGGUUCCCGUGCCCGGUAUCCAUGGACAUGGCUAUAAAUACGGACACAGUCAAAGAAAUCAUCACGGACAACAUAAUUUACCUAUUUAUGGUAGCCAUGCUAAUGUUUCAAGAAAUCUAGGCCAUAUUGCUUCCGGAUUUAAAAAUGUUGCGGGUGGUUUAUAUGGUCUCGUCGAAGAUGCAUUUAGAUAUGUGGGGUAAUUCGUUAGAUAUACGUUUACUAAAAAUAAAAAUAAAAAUUUAAAAAUC